AUGCCGACUUCAAUGCCCGCGCCCUCGAUUCGCAUACCCAUGGAGCUCCUAACUCCAACCGCCUUUGCGCAAUUCGGAACCGUCGUUGAAAACCCCACAACAUCGCCCUCCGCAAAGCUACCCAUACCAAACCGUGUACCUGUGCCCGAUGCUGUAUCCGCUAAUCAGGGUUCUGCCACAAAGUACCUAGAUGUCACCCACAUGUCCAAUCUAUACAACCUCGCGCCGAGCAAGAAGCCUGCAAAGGCCGUAAUGAACAUGUUCGUUUGUGCGCCUCGGAACUUGCGGCCCCAUGAACCGAGUAUGAGCAUGCCGAGUUCGUGGGGAGACUUGGACCUGGAUGAGGAUGAAGACGGAAACGGUGACUAUCGGAGACAACUUUUGGAUGUCUCUAUUCUCGAGAGACAUCCAUUUACCACGCAAACCUUCAUACCGAUGGGUUUGUCGCAACAAGACAAGCAUACACAGUAUCUGGUCAUUGUCGCACCCACACUUCCCGCAAGCGCAUCCAGCCGUCACACGGGCAGGGCGCCGCCGUACCCCACACCCUACCUUGAGCGGAAGAAGAGCGUCUUGGACGUUUUUGCCCGGGCGCGACCCAGCCCCUUCACCAACGAAAAGGUGCCUACAAAAAGUCAGUUCUCGCGGCUGCAUCCAUCCGCAAGGCCCAAGGGACCUGGCCUGCCAGAUCUCAAGAAUCUCCGCGCUUUCGUUGCGACUGGAAGUCAGGCUGUGACGUAUGGAGCCGGGACAUGGCAUGCGCCCAUGAUAGUCGUUGGAGACCGUCCGAUUGACUUUGUCGUUGUGCAGUUCGCGAAUGGAGUAAGCAAUGAGGACUGCCAAGAGAUACUACUGCAACCGAAUAGCGCUUCGGAGGGCGUAGUAGUGACAGUUGAGACCGAUUCAUCAGGUACCAUACAGGUCAAGGCUGGUGUUGGCUCGGUAAAGGCGAAAUUGUGAUGCGAAUUGCUCUCAUUCUUGUUUUGUGAAACACGCUGUAAGACCGAACCAUGUAAAUGCUCACGCAUGUAGAAUAUUUUCUCACACCAUCAUCUGCCAACUGACGCAGCAAGAUGUCAACUCUCAUCA